AUGGCGGCUCUGACCGGUGCAGCGCUCCUCCUCGCCAGCCUCCUUGCUCUUGCAGCCAUAGCCAGCGGCAACACCGAAGGUGACAUCCUCUACUCGCAAAGGCUGGCGUGGAAGGACCCCAACAACGUGCUGCAGAGCUGGGAUCCCACCCUUGUCAACCCCUGCACUUGGUUCCAUGUCACCUGCAACAACGUCAACUCCGUCAUCCGAGUGGACUUGGGGAAUGCAGGCCUCUCAGGCGCCCUGGUUCCUGGACUGGGACGAAUGGUGAACCUUCAGUACCUGGAGCUGUUUGGGAACAAUAUCAGUGGACCGAUUCCAGCAACCCUCGGCAACCUGACACGCCUGGUCAGCCUUGAUCUCUACGACAACCGUCUCACCGGCGCGAUACCAGCCUCGCUCGGGAACAUCGGGACGCUGCGUUUCCUGAGUCUGCACGGGAACAAGUUUGCAGGUGGUAUACCGUCUUCGUUGGGCCGUCUGACGAAGCUUCAAACUUUGGAGCUUCAGGAGAACAUGCUGACCGGCACAGUGCCGCUGGAAGUCCUCUCUCUUGUUCUUCUUGGGGACUUGACUGAACUUAACGUUGCCAAGAACAGUCUGGCCGGCACUGUCAAAUCAUCUAAACCAAGAGUAGCUACCGUCAUCCAGGACACGCUCAAGACUACACGUCUACAUGCUGAGCAGCACUGA